AUAAAACGGUUAUAGAACUAUUGAAUUCGAGGCCUUCAAGGUUUACUAUGGUGGAAUCCAAUCACAGGAAUCAGCACUUAAAGGCUCGUUGGCGAACAAAUACAACUUUUCUGAGGCCAGAGAGGCAAGCUUCUCUACGACGCCCUCUUUAACCUGGUCAACGAGACUAUCGUCCAAUUGCUUCAUGCCAUUCUCGUUCCUUUUGGAGAACUCCCUUGUCCUUAACGCAUAUCAGCUUGUAAAGCUCCUUGUACUUAUCCAUACGACACCCCAAGUCUUGAAGAACCCGGUCGUUCUCAUGCUGGGAAAGGGCCGUCAACGCGAUGGCCGCCGCGACGUAUCGGGUAAAUCGUCCAAAGUACACCUGCCGCAGGCACCGUAAGGUAGGUGCCAGAUCGCAAGGGUGCAAGUGGCGGUCCGGAACAUCCCUGUCAGACGUGAUCCGGCCGUAUCUGAACGAUGGAGUGGCAGAGAGUAGUGAUUAUCUCAGCGACGUCUUCGCCAAGAGCAACACUGUACUUUGAAAACAGUUCGAUGUGAUGAUGGUGAAAGGCAAGUAAUCAGCCAUACAAUUACACCAGCUG